AUUCAAUUGAAACUCACUGCCACUCCCUCAUUACAGCAGAAGAUGACCUCUAAACCAUGACACAGGGCUGCAGCUUCCUCUGGGAAGGAGGACUCACAUUGAUUUGUGCUCUGAUCCCCACCCCCCUGCAAACCCUGGGCUUAAGUGGCAGCACUGCAGAGGCCUGCUGAAGGCCGGAAAGCCCUCUCUGCUUGUGUGUUUAAACAGAGCAGAUUGAAGCAGAGUUUGACGUGGCCAGGAGGAAUUCUUCAGCAUGGAAUUGCGUCAUAACAGUCACUCCCUCCAGCAGCCCCAGUGGCUCUGGCACUUCCUCCUGAUGUUUGCAAGGGGAAGGUAAUGAUUCUAAUUGCACAGGACUUGGUCCUGGCCUUGGUGAUGGCAGGAGGGCAGGGUCCUCAUGGUAUGGCCAAAAAAUGCUUGCAACUUGACCUUGUCCUCCUCUGAUGGUGUUGACCUUGGGCAAACUAUGCCCCUCUGAGCCUAGUGCCUCAGUUUCCCCCUCUUGCAAAUGCAGCAGAUAGUAGUGCUUAAUCUCAGAGUUGUGGGGAUUCAAUGAAACAGUACUGAACGGGGCUUAACAGGUACCUGGUACAUGUUAACAGCUUAGUCAAGAAUGACUGCUGAGUGUGGAAUGACAUCAUGGGGACUGACGAGGGGGGCUGAUGAGAGGUGGCUUGGUGGGUACAAUGUGCAUUGCUUCAGCGAUUGAGGCACUGAAGGCCCUGACUUCGCCACAAUGCAGUGUAUGGAUGUAGAAAAUUCCACUUGUACCCCAUGAAUGUAUGUACACACCCAAAAGUGAUUGCUGCAGUAGCAGCAGUAAAUGCACACAGCCAAAGGCUUAGCAUGUGGGAGAUGCCCUGCUUGCCUGCCUGGGCUGGAGGAGGAGGUAGUACAGGUUGCAUCUCUCCAAGCCAGUACCUGUGGUCUAUGUUGCAAUGAACAUUUAGAUGCAAGACGAAGGGAAUUCAAACCUUUCUUGCUCAUGAAGGUCUACUGUGUUCCUGAAGGUUCUGUCUUCCUCCUGGCACUUGGGAUGUAGGAUGCUCACUCCUUGCCCGUCGACCAGGUAGUAAUGUUUUUCUAUCAAGCAGUGAAAGGUUUGGGGUUUCCCUGAAGCCUUUCCCAAAUGUCACGCGUUGGGGUUUUAGUUGUGAGGGUGUGCUGAUCCCAGCCGCAGCCAAGGCGAGGUACAGCCAUGCUGCUGCACCUGCUCCUAUGCCCACCUGGACAUCUGUUUCCUAAUGGACAUCCUUUCCUGGGAACACGUCUCUACUCCUUUAAAUGGCUUGAGGUCUCUGCAAUUUGCCUGAACAGUAAGUGUGACCAAAGAGCCUGAGGCCAGCCAUGGAGAGGACGAAGACAUGAGGCUUUCUCUCGAGAGCCACACUGGGAGAGGCCGGGAACACGGCCACUUCACAUGAAAGGCAGUUAGAUUCAGGUCACUGGGUCUGGACUCCUGCAUUUUAUGGCAAAGUCUAAAAAUGCAGAUUUGUAACAACCAAUGUUAAUGAAUUCAGACUGUUUGAAUUUCGCACUGAAUAAUGGCUGGAAUUAUCAGAGCCCACAGCUUAUAAGAUCCCUGGAUCGUGUAAUCUUUUCUCAAGAUUAAAUUGAUAGAAUGAUGUAAUAUCACACUACUUUUAUUAAAAGUUUUGGCCAUAAAAGAGAAACACCUAUUAGGAUAGAAGAAUUUAGUAAAAAUAGUAGUAAUAACAAGACAAUUUGGAAUAUGUAAUAUAUUCAGUAAAUUUCAAAAUUCUUCAUCUCAUUUAAAAUACAAUAUUGUGCCCAUAGAUCCUGAAUGCAAUACCUUUGUGCCCUAGGGCUUUCUCUUUCCCACACUAAAAAUAUUCUAUUUAAAUGCAGAUUUUGAUUUGCAAUCUAGGAAGAGGAUUCUGGAAGAAUGGGAAGAAGGAUAACUCUGCAUCUAUUAACUUAAUUUUAGUUUUAUGUUAUUGGUGUUUUUCCUCUCAUCCUUAUCUCCUGCAGCCCUUCCUUCCUGUAAAAGGAUCAUUUCUAAACAUACAAGUAAAGACAUGCUUAGAAUUUCAGCACAUAAGAAUGUUGUUAUGCCUUCUUUUAUUUUUGCUUAAAAAUUAAAUUUUUUUUUCCCAAAAAUGUUCCUUUGAUUUGUGUACGUGUGUGCACGUGUAUUUGCCCCUGGGUUCUAGCCUUGUCUUGCUUUUCCACACAUGCUCCCAGUAUCUUACCUAGGAAAUGAGUGGAACAGUGGAAUUACCAAGUGCAGAUGGUGGAACUUCCCUUACCAGAGCCCAAGUGACUUGUGUGAUGUUGAGCUUUGGUUACUAAAUAAAUGGAUUUCUGGCUUUUGACGUUGUACUCUGAGAAUUGGGUGGCCAGUCAUCAAAUACCAUUUUCUUUCACUGUUGUCUGCAUUUAAUACGGCAUCUUCUGCCAUACACACUUGUCAAUUCAAACUGAGCGUUACAUUUUGGUCUUUAUGAUCUGUCGAGGGAAAAUGGAAGUAAAUUCUUUAUAAUAUGCAAAUUGAUGUAUUUGGGAAUUUUUAGAUGUAGACAACAUCUGUGCAUGCCGUUAACACAGUUAAUAGCUCCCGUUCUUCAAUAUGAGGUUUUCGGAGUCUGUGUGUGAUCUUGAUGAGACUCUCUGUGUGCCCCCCAGGGCUUGGCAGUGUCAAAUUUAAGGCUGUUUUUUCUGGUGCCUUAGGACUGAAUCUGAGCCUGCACAAAGUCCUGUUUUGAGGAUGCUUCUGGCCACAGUUUGCUGGGAUUGUGUUGGUUCUGGGAAGAGCCUGGCUGGCUAGACCUGGUCUUAUCUAUCACCCCCAUCCCUACUCCGUCCUAGCCUGGACCAGACUGGCUGGAGUGAUGGGUCCAGAGAAAGAGACCAUGGGUCUGAACAGUCCUUGGGACCCUUCUGCCACUCUUGGAGGUGCCACCUCCCCUGGUAGCUUGGCACCAUUUGGGUUCUCCUUUAGCCAUGGGUUUUUGACAACUCAAAAGCUUAUUUUCCAUACAAACUUGUUGAUGGUUCUCUAAGGCAGGAAGCAUUGCUUUAUUGAGAGUGAGGAAUUGUACCCUUUGAAAACUGCCCCCUGAAAAGGGAGUGGAGGGAGAUGGCUCCAGUUGGAGUUCAGGAAGGGGGUAUCUUUCAGUGAACCUGGAGGGAGGGCUGAGUGGUGGAGCUUGGGGCUCAUGUCCCAGGCCUUCUCUGGUCAGGAAAGCAAAUUUGAAAAGGGCCUUUUUAAUCUGGAGGGCCCAGAAUGGUCCAGCCAGUUGCCCCGGAAAGGAAGCCUUAUGUGGCAUGCGUGCCAGACGCUGCACAGCUUGAAUUGGUCCUAUGUGUGUGGCACAGCCUUGCAAGGUUGAGGUAUUUACCUUCAUUCCUAUAAAUUGGAUGGAUAAGGGGGAUUAAUUGAUUUCUCUUGGCACUUGGCAAGAACAGAGGUCAGAUUUGAACCUAGGUCUAGGUUUCAGUUGCACACCCAGCAUGUUCUGCUACACGGCCUUUUCCUAAAAUAGUUUAGAUGUUGGUAUAAACCUGUGUGUACUGAACGCACCUGACCAUGUGCUGGUAUGAUGGCUUUUCUCCAGUCUCUCUAUAGACUCCGUGCUUGCAGACCAACAGCGCAUGCAAAGGAGGCUUUCUGGCUUGGUAAAUGCUCAGUCAGGUGAGCUUGCUGAGUUUAUUGUAAGCUUUGCAGUUCCAUUCCCCACACACCUAGUGGUGGGGGUGGAGGGGGCGUGGGGAGGAGAUGGCCCCAGAGCAGAAUGAGCCCCUUGGUCUUUGCUGUAGCCAGGACUCCAGGCUAAAGUAGCACAGGGUGGGCAGCUCCAAGGCCUGGGUGUCUCUCUGUCUGUCUGUCUGUCUCUCUCUCUCUCCCAUUUCUCUCUCUGUUCACCAGCAGCAGCCCCAGGCUGCAUCAUUGGCACUGUGAAGGUGCAGGGCACAGGUAUGAAUAGGGGGGUCUUCUGGCCAUCUUUGGACAUAAACCCCCAUCCUCGGAAGCAUGGCCCGCUAAUCCCCAGGUCCUGGCCUUCCUAAGGGCUGUUAAACACAUCAACCAAGUGAUGCCUUAGGGACCACCCAUAUACCAGACGCAGCUGGGUACCGUGUAUUCUCUUGAUGUUACUAUAUUCUCAGCCACCAGGGCUAGUGUAUGUGGGUGUCAUUGUCAUUAGCAGCCUAGGGAGGGAAUGGAAUUUUGGGAGUAGUCUGCCUAAGUUCCAUUCCAUUCACUCCCAGAGCUGAACACGUGCUGGGUCCACACACCUGUGGACUGAUGGCUGGGACCGUCUCAGUGCUUGGCAAAAAAAGAAAACGGGGAUAGCAGGCACUUUCUGAACACUGAUUACUGACUGCUGCUGCUGUUACUGGUAUUGUCGGCGUUUUUCGUUUGGUUGGUUUUUGAGACGGAGUCUUGCUCUGUCGCCCAGACUGGAGUGCAGUGGCGCGAUCUCGGCUCACUGCAAUCUCCGCCUCUGGGUUCAAGCAAUUCUCCUGCCUCAGCCUCCCUAGUAGCUGGGACUACAGGCGCCCGCCACCACGCCCGGCUACUUUUAGUAGAGAUGGGUUCACCAUGUUGGCCAGGCUGAUCUCAAACUCCUGACCUCAAGUGAUCCACCUGCCUUGGCCUCCCAAGGUGCUGUGCUGGGAUUACAGGCGCAAGCCACUGCUCCCAGCCUUGUCGGCCUUUUUUGCCUUCUGCUUGCACCUCAACCCUUUGGCAAAAAGUAGGAACUACAGAGGGCCUGUCAUUGAGACUUAGAGUCGCCAAUGCCCCUCACCUAUUCGUCUGAACUCAGGCACACAUAGAUUAACACACAUGUACAUGCUCACACGUGUGCACACAUAUAUCUGACAUGGACACACUGAUAUGCACACAUGUACAAACAAAUCGUGAAUGGUAUGGACCCCACCUGAGGCAUGCACCUAAGGCGCACCUGUAGCAGCGGGACAGAGAACGGGCUUCCUUGUACCCUGUACUCAUCACGGGGGUUGCCCUGGCUUCCUUGGGUUGGCUUUGAGGAGUGCGGCUUGUGACUUCUCCUCUACGGUAGAGAACUGAAGCCUUAGACAAAUAGUCAUCCAUCGUAACUGUUCCCUGCAGUGUUGAUAGAAAUGGUGUUGGGAUAACUAGACUGUGCUGCUGCUUUCUCCUUUUCUCCCAGGUUGAUGAGUAGGAGCAGUUUAAUUUGAGACUAGUAAAUUUUGUAAUUGGAUUUAAAAGACUGAAAUGAGCGGACCUGGUUUCCAUAUUACCUUUAUACCCCAGCGAGGGGAAAUGCUUGAGUCAGGUGUGGAUCAGAUUAUUUUAUUGUGCCAACAUUAAUAUUGGGAGCACACACAUAAUCUGGAGUCAGCAGGUUCAUCCACUACUAUCUCAUUAAAUUUUCAGGCAAAAGCUGCAAAAAUUAAUUGGAGGCAUGUAAUAGUUUAGAAUGUGAGCCGGCUUAUGGUAAUAUAAAUUAUGUGAAGAGAAGACAGUUUUAUAUACUGAGAGAGGGAAAACUGGUUUACUUUAAUGAGAAGAGAUAGAAAUGUAGAGCUAUUUUUUCAUUACAGAUACACUCUAAAAUGUUUGGACUUAGUUGAUGAAUAGAGUUAAUUCGCUGCUACAGUUCCAAUAAUUCAUGUUGCACAGUUUAAUGACUUCUAGAUAAAAACAGGAUUGAAAUGUUAAUUUCUCUGAAGAAAUUGGGGCACUCUUGUAUAUCAGACAUCUCCCCCCCACCCCCCCAUUAAGCCACUAGUUAAUUCCACCAAACAAGUCUCUUUGAGCUAUUUCAUGCUGCAUAGACUUUUGUAUUUCUUACCUGGGCUGGCUUGCUUUUUUUUAAACCUUAAUGUAUAUGAUAAUCUUAGAUGAGAGAAUGUGUUAGAGCUGUGUCUAGGCAACCUGACUCAGCAGAGAGUUUCAUACCUUUUAGUUUUGUAAAUGACCACGUGCUAUAACCUGCAUUCUAGUGUCCAGUAACUGUUUUGGCAGGGAGGGGGUUUACUUGGUGGUUGUUAGCCAUCUGCUUAGUCGAGUAGCGAUGUCGUCCCACUUCUGAGCUGGGAAAUAGGAAGUAUUGAUCAGUCAGCUUUAGAUUCAUGAGGUGAUAGUCUCAAAUCAUGCAGAGAUUUUAUCACUAUAUUAUUUUGCAUCUUUGUUUUCUUUUUCACUUUUCAUAACUUUGAGACUUUUUCCCCCCAUGGGGUAGGUUCAACAGAGUUCAGUGUCUUCUUUCUCUUUAACCUACUCUCAGAAAAAAAGACGAGAAGGAAAUACGAAGUAUAGUAAUGAAGUGUUAACUAAUAGUGGGGCUACAUAAUUGAGUACUCGGAUUUUGUUUCCAGAGCUCUUAGAACAAGAAUGCAAACAUGUCUUAUUUCAACCAUGUGCAUGCUGUGUUUUGCUUUUUUUGCGUUUGACAAAGGGGACAAAAGAAUAACCCCUUAAGUAUUAAGGAGCGGAGAGAAAGGAGAUGAGCCCCCACUCCCUGAGCUCCCUUCCUGUUUUGCCUUUGGACGUGCGGUUCAUAGGGCUUCCUAGAAAGGGCUGCAUUAGGGCUGAGGGAGUGAAGACUUGGUGGGACUUCCUGGCAGAGGCAAGGACUCCCCUGCCUCCCACCUCAUGAGCAUUGGGCUUUAGCAAGGCUUAGUGAAUCCUGAGUGGGGUCAUCUUUAGCCUAAACCUGGAGUCACCACAGAGCUUUUGUAAACAGUGAGAAACCUACUACUUUCCUGCAGAAACUGUGCUGUCUGCAAAGCUCAGCGUCUGCUCCAGCCUGGAUUCCCAGGCCCUGUCCCUGUACACACCUAGUUCUAGUUUUGAGGUUAGGACAUCACAAAACAUCUGCCAACUUCGAAAAGUCAGCAGGAGCCACCCAGACGUGGGGUGCAGUGGUGGGAAGAAGGAGCACCUUAGUCUGCUUCCUUCUGAGGCCCACAGUUCCAGAAGGACUAGCGUCCUCAGAGCAUGUGGUAGUGACUCUUCUUGUCUUUUCCUGGUGGUGGGGCCUGGUGACCCCUGACACCAACGGAGCCGUUCCCAGGCUCAUUUCGUCCCUUUUUCUGUGAUGAGAUGAGGCUCCUCCUGCCCUCCUUGCUCUGGGUGGUCUUUCUGUUUUGACCACAUCCCUUGGAAGCGUGGCUGGGCUGCGUGACUCCAGAGCAGCCUGGUGGUAGCUGGGGCUGCCUUCUGAGUUUGGGCUGGUGGAUGCUGAGUAUUUGCAUUCAGAGCCUUAGGCAUUGACCUUGGCUUUCUGGGACCCUACGCCCCUCUGUUUGCCUUUGUCAGUAGAGACCUUCUCACAUUUAGGGAUUCAUUUUUUCCAAGAUCUGUUUGCUAGGUGUGUGUCAAAGUUCCUCCCAGAGCAGUGACAUGGAUGGGAAUUGUGAGUGUGUUGAGAGACCUACCCUAAAAGAUGGGGCUGCAGUCAUCCCCAGGGGACCUCCUGUUCUCAGCUCCACCUCAGCCACACUUGGCUGUGGGUCAGCUUCUUCUGAAUCAGCAUCCUCAGGACAGCGCCACCCAACCCUGCCACACUUGCUUCCUCCGCGCUUCUUCAGAGGCUGGAGCUCACCCCCAUGCUCAUCGUCUGUUCUGCUUUUUUGAUGCACUUACUUGUCCCUUUCAGGAUAUUGCUUAUGUCCUGUGUUGGUUUAAAAAAAAAAAAAAAAUUGCCUGUAAUGAGUCCCAGCCAUUUCUCAGCAUUUCUAGUUUGGAACUUCAGAGACUUCAACUUAUGAUUCCUUUAAGGCAGGAGUUUCUACUUCGGCACUGUUGACAUUUUGGGUCUGGUGGUUCUUCGUUGUGGGGGGCUGUCCUGUGCAUCAUACGAUGUUCAACAGCAUCCCUGGCCUCUCCCCACCCGAUGCCAGUGUUACCUCCCUCCCCACCCCAGCAUGACCAGAGAUGUCGCCAGAUAGGGCCCAGUGUCCCCUGCUUGAGAGCCCCUGGUGAAGGGGUAGACAUUGAUUCCAUGGCCCUUGUCACACUGUGCUUGAGCCAUACCGUGCUUGGCACGGAAACCACCCUGUAGCCGUCGUCAGAGGUGGAGCAUCCUCCCUGAGGUGCGUAACCCCCACAUCAUCGUUGCUUCCUUGGGCUGUGUUCUAGUGUUUGCGUCCGUCCCUUUUUCUCCUUGAUUGCAGAUGGAAGGGCCCUGCUCUGAGCCGUCGCCACAUGCCUGGUGCUUGGCUCCAUGACGCUCACACGGGUGUUCAUGACAGUGCAUUUGACAGACAGAUUUAUUUGUCACCUUGUCAGGGUGACAUGUUGGGAUGGCUCCACCACUCGUGUGCCAUUGACACUUGGCUGUCUGAAAUCGGGACAAAGCAUCCCUGAGACUGAUCCGAAUGAGGCUUAUCAGCACCAGGCAUAACUUACCGCCUGCUUUCCUCUGUUUCUUUAACUUUUAAUUGAAACCAUUUAGUUACCACCCCUGCUGCUAGGAAUCUGGGGACAAUUAGGAAAGUCCCAUCUGUCCUUUGAACCACAUUAUAUUGCUUUUCUCCUCGCGAUCUUGAGAAGACGGCACAUUCUAGCAGCAGUGUCUUUGCCUUGCCGUCUCGCCUCCCACUGGAUGGUUUUUAUCUCACUUGAAUGAGUUAUAGCAACUCUUUAAUUCAAUUAUUUUCUCCAAUGCAGGCUUUGAGAUGAUUUAGUUGAAUCAAACACCCGGGUUUUCCAGUGCAGAGCAGUGACUCCCAACGAGGCCGUGGGUGGGUUUUUACAUUUUCACUUCCAGCCACGGUUGCGCGCGUUCUGUGCUGCCCCCCGAGCGUCCUGGCACAAGCCCCUACUUACCGUUCUGAGGAGUAGAUUGGAAAUGGCAGAUGCCGUGGGCUUUGCCAGUCUUUCCCCAAGGCAAGGAAUUAUCUGUCCAGUGAUAUUAGGUCACUGCAUUCCCACCCAGCUGUGUCGAAAGAAGGGAGGGGGUGGGGCAGCCUGGGUGAUGGGCAGGAAGGCCAUUUAUAAAUUCAAGUGUGGUAAACAGUCGGCAUUCCUACUUUGGUAUUUGAGUUUGAAUUAAACAAAGUGUCGUGGGUGGGAGGUGUAUCAUAACGAUCAUUUUAACCAUUGUGCCUUUUAAUGUGGAAAAUCUGCUCAAAAUAAGACCUGCUGCAGUGGUUUUCACAUAUACAAAGGAGUGGCUAGAAUGUUCUCUCAGAGCAGCACACGGGAUUAGAAAGGACAUCUGGCCACUGGAAUUCUUGAGUGAGAAUUCAGUGAUUAAGCCUGUCUUCUGUUUUCCUUGUGGGCCCCAGGGUUCCUGUGGAUGUCCCCACCCUCAGAUUACUGGAGUAGAAAACUUACUUUCCAAAACACUGAGUUGUUUUCAGCCCAGCAUUAGAGGUUAAAGAUGCUCAUGUAGAAAGCACACAGGAUGGAUCUGACGAAGGAAACAGCUUCUGACACUUGAGCAGGCUUUAGACAGUGCAGAUGAAGGGGGCUGAGACACUGAUGCAGGAAAGAGAACGGUCAGCUUGGGGUCCGGAGUCGCUGGGUGCUGAGUGUGUGUUCUGAGUGCCAUUCAAGUGCCGCAUAACAGUUGGGGCUGGUGUUGGGUCCUGAGAUGGGCCAUGGGCCACUGUUAAACUCAGGAAGCACAUGCUGCCCCCGCCACUCUAGAAGGCGGGCUGUUUUCCUGGCGCUGUGUGUGCCAUGCUUUGUGUGAACAUCUCACUGGGUGUCACUCUCAUGCAGUAACUGGGCAUCUUGUAGAAGUCGUUGCUCCUAAACGUAAGCCAGUGCCCACAUUGGGUACGUUCUGGUGACAUCACCACCUCCUGAUGGCACCACUCUGUUCUAGUCCACUGCCCCCGGGGCCUAACUUGCUACUAUGGAACUAACCCUGUAGGAUGAGGCCGCCAUGCCUGUGUGUGUCUGUCCAGGUCUGUCCCCACAUACUUGCUGAUGGUGGGUGGGAAGAAGGUUAGAUAAAAUACUGUCAUAGAUUGUGACUAUGAAGUAAUCCAUUAGAAUCUUCAGACAAGGAAUGCUGGGAGUGGUGGCUCAUGCCUGUAAUCCCAGCACUUUGGGAGGUGGAAGCGGGCGGAUCACUUGAGGUCAGGAGUUCGAGAGCAAUGUGGUGAAACCCAUCUCUACUAAAAAUACAAAAAUGAGCUGGGUGUGAUGGCACGCGCCUGCAGUCCAGCUACUAGGGAGGCUGAGGCAGGAGAAUCUCUUGACCCCAGGAGGCCGAGAUCAUCGAGAUCAUGCCACUGUACUCCAGCCUGGGCAACAAAGGGAAACUUCAUCUCAAAAAAAAAAAAAAAAAAAAAAAAAAGAAUCUUCAGACAAGGAAACCAUGCUCUUUGACCUAGUAAUCUCCCUCGCCCGCCCAAUGCCAAGAAAGCUCUAAUGCACCAAGAUUUUAGUUAUGGUGUUACUUGACAGCAAAAAGACAGAUAACUCAAGCAUCCAACAGUGGUAAAACAGCUAAUUCUUUUUCAAAUGAUGCCUUCACAGUUUGAAAACCCCCCACAGCGGUCCCCGCCCCUUGCCAGCGUCCCUCCACUAUCCUGGUUCUGUCGUUACUCCUGCCGACUGACUGCAGUGCUGUUCCGUGAGCUUCCUGAAUGACCUCGUACGGUAUCCUCGACGCACAGCUUCAUAGUGGCGUCAUGCACGCAGACUCCUGCGAGUUCCCCUAAGUUCUUAGAGGACUGCUUUGCCUUUUGAUCUGAGAGUUGCAAAGUUCCAUAAAGAAUGGCCCUUGUGGAUAAGCACAAAGUCAAGAGACAGCGAUUGGACAGAAUUUGUGAAGGUAUCCGCCCCCAGAUCAUGAACGGCCCCCUGCACCCCCGCCCCCUGGUGGCGCUGCUGGACGGCCGCGACUGCACUGUGGAGAUGCCCAUCCUGAAGGACCUGGCCACCGUGGCCUUCUGUGACGCGCAGUCCACGCAGGAAAUCCACGAGAAGGUUCUAAACGAAGCCGUGGGUGCCAUGAUGUACCACACCAUCACCCUCACCAGGGAGGACCUGGAGAAGUUCAAGGCCCUGAGAGUGAUUGUGCGGAUAGGCAGCGGCUACGACAACGUGGACAUCAAGGCUGCCGGUGAGCUCGGAAUUGCUGUGUGCAACAUUCCAUCUGCAGCCGUGGAAGAGACGGCGGACUCUACCAUCUGCCACAUCCUCAAUCUGUACCGGAGGAACACGUGGCUGUACCAGGCACUGCGGGAAGGCACGCGGGUUCAGAGCGUGGAGCAGAUCCGCGAGGUGGCCUCGGGAGCGGCCCGCAUCCGUGGGGAGACGCUGGGCCUCAUCGGCUUUGGUCGCACGGGGCAGGCGGUUGCAGUUCGAGCCAAGGCCUUUGGAUUCAGCGUCAUAUUUUAUGACCCCUACUUGCAGGAUGGGAUCGAGCGGUCCCUGGGCGUGCAGAGGGUCUACACCCUGCAGGAUUUGCUGUAUCAGAGCGACUGCGUCUCCUUGCACUGCAAUCUCAACGAACAUAACCACCACCUCAUCAAUGACUUUACCAUAAAGCAGAUGAGGCAGGGAGCAUUCCUUGUGAACGCAGCCCGUGGUGGCCUGGUGGACGAGAAAGCCUUAGCACAAGCCCUCAAGGAGGGCAGGAUACGAGGGGCAGCCCUCGACGUGCAUGAGUCAGAGCCCUUCAGCUUUGCUCAGGGUCCAUUGAAAGAUGCCCCGAAUCUCAUCUGCACUCCUCACACUGCCUGGUACAGUGAGCAGGCGUCACUGGAGAUGAGGGAGGCAGCUGCCACCGAGAUCCGCCGAGCCAUCACAGGUCGCAUCCCAGAAAGCUUAAGAAAUUGUGUGAACAAGGAAUUCUUUGUCACAUCAGCGCCUUGGUCAGUAAUAGACCAGCAAGCAAUUCAUCCUGAGCUCAAUGGUGCCACAUACAGAUAUCCGCCAGGCAUCGUGGGUGUGGCUCCAGGAGGACUUCCUGCAGCCAUGGAAGGGAUCAUCCCUGGAGGCAUCCCAGUGACUCACAACCUCCCGACAGUGGCACAUCCUUCCCAAGCGCCCUCUCCCAACCAGCCCACAAAACACGGGGACAAUCGAGAGCACCCCAACGAGCAAUAGCAGAGAAUGCCGGAAGGUAAUCACUCAGAUACACUUGGGACCAAGAGACAGUGAAAAAUAGAUGAACUAAGAGAAAAAGAAUCGGAUGGUCUUUGUAACUGAUUCUGGACAUAUGCAUCAUUGAUGUUGCGGUGUUAAAACUACAAGAGCUAGAAAACUGAAGAUGUCGCGUCUGCUUAUGGAAGCGCUGAAAGACUAGGAUGUGAUUUAUUAACGACCAACUUCUGUUAUUGUGUGUUAAGUUUUUCAUCUGUGCAUCAAAUCACAAAAAGAAUAAAUAGAGCUUUUUCCUUUAUCAGUCCCUUGGGCACAGCAGGUCCUGAACACCCUGCUCUACAAUGUUGCAUCAAGAGUUCAAACAACAAAAUAAAAAAUAUUAAGAGGAAAUCCCCAUCCUGUGACUUGAGUCCCUUAAGUCUACAGGGGCUGGUGACCUCUUUUUGCUAAUAGGAAAAUCACAUUACUACAAAAUGGGGAGAAAACUGUUUGCCUGUGGUAGACACCUGCACGCGUAGGAUUGAAGACAGUACAGGCUGCUGUACAGAGAAGCGUCUCUCACAUCUGAACUGCAUACUGAGCGGGCAAGUUGGUUGUAAGUUCAGUAAAACCCUCUGAUGAUGCAAAAAAAAAAAAAGUAUUAAGUUUCACAAGCUGUUUGUACUCAAAUAUAUUUUCUCAGUUUCAGAUCCUCUGCUAUUUUAUUGAGUGGAAAGUCUUGAGCUAAAAGGGUUCAAGAAGAAUAAUGUUGCAUUUCCUUAUGUCUCAGGAAACACUUUUUAUGGUAACUUGUCAGAUUGUCUAUGAACAAACCCACUUUUUUAGACAUUGAUAAAGUCUUCUUUUCUUCACGUGAUAUUUUAUACAAGAACACUUCAGAUGUAUUAGAUGUGACUGAUUUUAACAAAUCCUAUUAGAUUUGUAUCAACUAGUUACAUGUUCUAUUCAUAGUCUUUUGUGAAUCAUUGCCUUUUUGUUUAAAAAGAUGGCCUAUUUUGAGCCUUUGUAUAGGUACAUUCCUGUUUUUGUGACAAAAAAAAAAACUUUAAAAUUGUCCCAAACAGAAAAAUAAUGGCUAUCAGAAGUAUGUUUUGUUUUAGUGUGAGUUACCGUUACUGUAUUUGUUUAUUGUAAAGGUGGACAUUUAGCGUUCAGUGCAGUUUUCAAUAAAAAGUAAUUAAAAUUUGUUAA